CCCAGAUCCGAGAGGACAGCUGCGUUAUAAUGGACAAUUCAACAGAACAAUCAAUGUUGGAGACAACUUCGGAAGAUUACUAUAGCAACUUUGAUAUGUCUGAUCUUGUGAUUAGCCAGCCUUGCAGACCGAUUGUAGUCGAGAACUUUGUACGGGUCUUUGUGCCUGUGCUGUACUCCUUUGUGCUCCUCUUGGGAGUUUUUGGCAACACAAUGGUCAUCCUCAUCAAUGGAUGUUACAAGGCAACCAGGAGAACCCUCACGGACACCUUCAUCCUCAACUUAGCUGCAGCCGAUCUCCUCCUGGUCUUCACCCUCCCCUUUUGGGCAGCAGAGGCAGUCGUCGGCUGGACAUUUGGUGCAGCCAUGUGCAAGAUGAUUGGCGCUAUCUUCGCCCUGAACCUGUACAGCAGCAUCCUGUUCCUGGUCUGCAUCAGCUUCGACCGCUACCUCGCCAUCGUCCACGCCAUCCAUGUGUAUCGCAAACGCAAGCCCGUCUACAUCCACGCCACCUGCCUCGUCGUCUGGCUCUUCUGCCUCCUGCUGGCCACCGUGGACCUCAUCUUCCGCGACACCUACACCUCGAGCUACCUCAACUCCACCGUCUGCACCUAUAUGUUUCACCCAGAUAGUGCCGGGGCCUGGAAGCUCGCCAUCGUUGCCACCCAUCAUGUCAUUGGCUUUUUUGCUCCCUUGGCUGCCAUGCUGUACUGCUACUGCCUCAUCUUCAAGACGCUGUGUCGAGCCCAGAUGCUGGAGAGGCAGAAGACCCUGAAAGUGGUGGUGGCCCUGGUAGUGGUCUUCGUCAUCUGCUGGCUGCCCUACAACGUGGUCCUCUUCGUCGACACCCUCCAGUCUCUGAGCGCCAUCCGCGUCGACUGCGCCAGGCUGAAUGCCCUGGACAUCAGCCGCACGGUGACCCAGAGCAUGGGCCUGGUCCACUCCUGCCUGAACCCCCUGCUCUACGCCUUCAUAGGGGUCAGGUUUCGGCGUGAGGUGGUCCGGGUUCUCGUACGCUUGGGGUGCCAGAACGAAAGGCUGGCAUCAGGAAGGCAGACUGGAAAACACAAGCGGACAAUCUCGGCCAUGUCAGACUCUGAAAACUCCACCUCACACUCUAUGAUCUGGUAGAGAAACGCCAAACCCACCUCUCCCUGUUCCCCGCCACCAAACCUUUCUUCCCUACCCUGCAUCUCCUCACCCCACCAACUCAACGCCCCCAUUACCCACCAACAAAAACUCAAGGCUGAACGAGGAGAUGCCAAUCAGGGAGAGAACCAAUGGAGGGGUUGGGGGGCGCAGUGUGGUGCCGUUCAGCCCGUCGAGAUUGCUACACGUUUCAUAAGAUUGGGCCCAAUCUGUUUUGAUGUGUUGACUCCCCCAUAACACCCCCACAACUACCCCAACACAACCUAACACACAUUAAGCUCCAAAAAACAUUCAGACUCUCAUAACUGUGUUCCUUGACGUAAGCCGUUCUACAGGUUCAGAACAGACAAUCGAAAAGCAACCCCCCCUCAUCAUCUCCUCUAGAUAUCUCCAGCCCAAAGUUAUCUUCAUCCUGGAGGACAACAGGUCUGCCCUCUCAUGAAGGAAAAAGAGAGAGAUAGAUGGCUGAGGCAGAUUCAAGCCUUCACCGUACCUCAUGUGAGAUAUUGAGGAGGAAAUUUGCCAACAGUCAUUGGGGGAAUAGAUCCUGUAGCCCUUGGCAAUUGAGAUAAAAUCUCUCGCUCAUCCUCUCACAAGCGAUUUACAAUAACCUGCCAGGAAUAUUGAAACCUGAUGCUGAAAACCAUUUUUCUGAACAAACAUCGACUUUCCUGCUCCUCUGAUGCUGUGCUUCUCCAGAUCUUCAUUGUGUUCUAUUUGAAACCUGGUCAUGCAGGAGGGGUGCAUGGGCCUCCCAAAAUUUGUGAUGGUACUCAAAGGAUAUUUGUACAUACUCAUGUCAUGAAGGGCCUCACAAAUUAUCUGUAGCCAGACAAAACUCAGCAGUAAAUCUGCUUAUUAUGAACUGUUCCCAUAUUCUGUACGCACACCCUCCCUGCAAACACCCACUUCCUACAUGGCACAACUCCAGCAAGAAAUGCCCUCUUCGUCCAAUCCCCCUCCCCCUCAGUGGGUCGCUCAUACGUAGCCUCCCACAGUUAGAGGCUGUUCUGCUGUGGAUGCCCUCACAGCUGGUGGAAACCACUCCCCUGAAAGGGCAAAGACAGGCAGGAGGGCUAUAAUUUGGGGGUGGGAAGGAGAGCAGAGUUUUCCAACACGGCCAGCCCAGGCAAGAUGGGGCAGUUGGGGAUAGGAUGGGGUUUGGUAGAGCUAAAUAGCUUCCUUCUGGAUCUGUUGCCCAGACACACGGCAGCUUUUAUGAGACUUUUAACAUUCGGGCUGGGCUUGAUGCAGAAUCCCAGCGGGUGGUCCGUCAUUCCUAACUUGUACUUCGAACAUUUCUAAGCAACUAUGUUGAUUACUCCUGAAGUGAAUUAUUUUCUGAGCUACACUGCUUUUCGGUGUGCGUCCGCGGUAACAAUGAUUAAAAAGCUCUGCGAUUUCCGAUCUAAUCAUUUUUAGCCAGGCAUUAAAGUCAGACUGAGCAUAGAACGAUGUCAGUGCUUCUUUCUAUAUUUUGUGCCCAUGGCAUAUUCGUUUGUAAACACACGCAGUAAAGCAGUCAUAGAAAUAUCGUUGUUGUGUUUGGCUCAGUGAGAGUACAGGAUGCAUCAGAGCGAGGGAUAUAGUGGGAGCACACGUUUGGGGAGAAUUCAACAGUUAAGACCACAGGGAUUAGCAGCAGGAGUAGGCCAUUCAGCCCAUCUGGGCUGCCCCCGUCAUUCAUGCCUGAUCACGUCCACUUCCGCGCCCCUGCCCCGUAUCCCUUGAUUCCCCGACUGAUCAGAAAUUUCUCCGGCUCGGCCUUAAAUACACACAAGGGCACCGCGCCCUACAGCUGUCUGAGGGAAAGACUCACAAUGCUCUGAGAAGACAUUUCUCCCGAUCUCAGUCUUAAAUUGACGCCUUUUUAACCUGAGACGGUGCCCUUGACACUCCCCGUGGGGCGGGGGGAAGAAUCCUGUCAGUGUUUGGCCUGCCCAAGCCCCUUAGCUAUCUGGUAUAUUUUAUUGACAUCUAUCUUGUAUCUAACCCCGUGCUGUCCCUGUCCUGGGAGUGUGUGAUGGGGGACAGUGUUG